CCUUCCCUCCCCAGGACGCGCUUGUUUUCAGUCGGAAGCUCAUUCAGCGAAGCGAAGCAGGCAAACGAGGGCAGGAGCCCCCGAGGACCAGGCAUCGGCACCAGCCUCCCCCCACCAGGUCGACCUUCCGUGUCACAGGGCCCUUCUUCUAACAGGUGUCGUUCAACUGGUACCCAAGGAGGGCUGUUUUCGUUCCCCAGAGAAGCUCUGGACUCUGCAUAAGGCCUUUUCUCCACCCCGUCGGACCCGCAGACGGCAGAACGAUGCUGGAGAGCCUGGCUGCCUGCUGAGUGUUCAGGCUCGCAGGGGACCCGGCUUGGGAGGGGGCCCCCUCUGCUGCGGAGGAAGAGGAGACGGCUGCCAGCAUCGGAGACGAGGUCUACCCGCCCGGCAGAAAGCUGGAAGCCGCUGGGAACAUGAGCGAUUUCUGGCACAAGCUGGGUUGCUGCGUGGUAGAGAAGCCGCAGCCGAAGAGGAAGAGGCGGCGAAUCGAUCGCAGCAUGAUCGGUGAGCCGAUGAAUUUCGUCCACCUGACGCACAUUGGCUCUGGAGACAUGGCGGGCGAAGGCCUCCCCAUGACAGGAGCAGUCCAGGAAAUGAGAUCCAAAGGCAGCCGAGAGCGACAGUGGAGCAAUUCCCGGGUUUUGUAGCUCGACGGGGCAUAGCCCUCGACUCGCCCCUCCUUUUCUUCAGUGCGCCGGGAAUCUCACAGGUUCCAGGCCGGGCAAGACGCACCGCCGAAAGGAAGCGAGGGAGAGCGCGAGGGGGACCUCCCCCCAUGGCAGCCGCCCCUGGAAUUGCACCCUUUCAUCUCAGCAGAACAAGCCGGCAGUGCAUUCAUCACUCAGUGACUUGCAAACUGGUUCCGAAUGCUCCGAUUUUUACUUCUUAGGAUUUGUUUUAAUUUGUGUUUUUGUGAAGAGCAGCGACCCCGCAAAAAGCACUUUGCUUUCAGCAUCUAUCGACCCUCUGCAGGGAACAGGCAGACGGGAUCUGGAGCUGGCUGACUGGAGUUUUUCUCUCGACCCAUCUCUGCAGCUGGCCUUUGACGGUCUCUUUUUCACCCCUCCUUUUAAAUGUGUGACUUGGCAAAGAAUGAGAUUGUAGAUUCUAGGGAGACGUUUGCCCCGUGCUUCAGCAACUAACAGAUGAUCUUCUGGCCAUGAGUUUUGUUUCCAUUUUCCAUCGCAUUAUAUUUUUUUCCACAUCUGGAGGAACCAUUCGAAAGAUCAGGUCGUUGGGUGUCCCCCUCCCCCCGCCGCACACACACACACACACUAUGGAAGCGUAUCCACUGGAUUAAAAAAAAAAAUCUGCAGAGUGUAUCCAAGGUUCAGGAUGCACUUCCAUCAGGAAGCAAAAUUGCAGGAUGCCUUUAGGAAUGUGAGAGCAGAAGCUGGAAAGAUCUGCUACCCCUUGAGCCACGAUCCUCUGCAAACCGGCUGGGGGCAGGAGGUGGAUAAGUCCAUGGCUGGCCAUGUCACUGAGGUGGUCAACUGCCACCAUGAAUGUUUUGGUCAGACUUGUGCAGAAAAACACCCAUGCAGAUUAUUCCCUGAGCUAAACUAAGAAGGAGAGCAAUGUCCUUUUGGAUUUUUAGCCCCAAAUACCGUGGGCUGGGUUUUGCCCACUCUUCCUUCCAGAAACUGCAGCUUCUAAGCUCUUGGUGCAAGGCUGACAAGACAGAACUGCAGCACCUUGGGCUUGGGAGUCCCUGCACAUGGGUCUGUGAACAUCGCAGGGGUCCAGCUGCCAGAGGCAUCCUGGGCUUGGUCCCUUUGGCAGGGACAGCCAAGAGCAAAACGUGACAUCAACUUUUAGUGUGUAGACUUUAACUUGCGGGGAGCUGCAGUGGGUCAAAUCGAGGGACUGAGCACUGGCUUGCUUAUUUGGGGAAAGAAAUCAUUGGAAAUUGCUCUCGUCUUCUGCAGGCCUUUUGUUCCCUGGCUCCAGGUAACAGGUGAAAUACAUUCAAAGGUAUUUGAUCUGUGGAUAUAUCGAUUUCUUUCUUCUUCUCUGGUCAAGUAAGGGUCUUGCGUGGGUGCUUUAAUGAGGCUGGGCGAUGCCCACAGCUGUCUCCCAGAAAUACAAUGCCCAAUAGCUUCCGUAGGUUCUUUGGUGCUGUUAAACGGAAGCAGCAGCUCCGAUCUUUCUUUGUGGCUUCUUCUCCGUUCUGGAUCAUUGCUUUUAUGUACAUGUACUUUCCAAAGUGGAGAAACCUUUAAGGUUAAGCAUGAAUGUUACAUUCGUCUGGGCCUGGGAGUUCAAUUCCCACCGUCAGUUUUUUCUGCAUCACAGCUUCCAGAUAGCUAGAUGGAUUUUCAGCUCUGGCAGUGGGUGCGAGAGUUUCUCUUUCUCUCGUUUGGUCACUGGGGCAUAAUUUGCAGGGAACAUGAUGCCUACAAGGCUGAGCCCUGGAAUCGAUUAGGUUUCCACUGCAAAAAAGGCCUGCUUUUCUACUAGCUUUGCUGUUUUAUAGAGAUAUUGAGGAGCACCUUGAAUGUUCGGCUUUUGCGGGAAGCAGCAGAUUUGUGUGUGUGGAUUUUGGAGGGGCGAGCAAAGCAACCCGAACCGGAGCCAAAGUGAGCUCUCCCAGGUAGAACUGAGGGGCGGGCGGGGGGGGGGCAUAGCUUAGACACAGGGCAGCUUUGCACUAGGCUUGGAGGAGGGCAUGGAAAAAUUAGCAUUGAUCCUGCGGGCUUUGGGGGGCGGGCUGCCCUUGAAAAAUUGCAUUUGUGCUUAGAGUCUUCCUUGGACGCAACGGACAGCACCCUGGAAGCAAGAAAUGCACACGGAAGGAUUCUGUCCCCAGCCAGGCCAUCGAGGAGCGAAGGAGAGGUUCUCCAGUAGCUUCUUUCAUGCCCUAGUUUCUAAUUUUAUCGUACCCUUUUAUCGUACCCUUUAUCCUUUGUACCUCCAACUGCCAGUUGAUAUGCCCUUGGAAGCUUUCUUUCCUGGCAUUUACAAACUUUAAGCUAAACCACAGACUGUUUUUUUGGAUUCUGCCCCCAGCCUCUUUGCCUGCACCCCACCCACCCCUGGAGUGCAAAACCCAUUUCUCCAAAACGGGUGCCAACACUCCUUAUGCCCAUUUCAAGGAAAAGCCCCACCCCAGGUGAGGCUGGUCUCUCAAACCAGUGAGCCAAGCUGUAUUUUAGGAGGAGGAAAGGCUUAGCUUCUCCAUGUGUCCCUGGGGAAAACUCAUUUUAACCCCUCGGAUUUGUCCUUAUCCUUGUAGUUGGUUUUCCUUAAAAUGGCCAAAACUGGCUUGGAACAGCAAGAAUUCCUAUUCAUACUCUGUCAGCUCCCUCGAGCCUCCGCCAUUGCCCUCCCCCGGCCCGCGUUGGUGUCCUGCCUCAGAUAUUUCCAAAUCAUACAAUUCCUCACCAGAAAACUGCUGCCUGGGACUUGUCUUCCUGUUCCCCACAUUCGUCUCACAGUUUUAAUUUGUAGCUUGAUGUAAAAUGUUCACUGUGCCACGUUCCUUUCCCCAGCUGGUCUGGUGUUAAAAUGAAAUGAAGGGAUAGCUGAGCUAUUCUAAAUGUUUAUUAGCAAAAAAAAAAAAAAUCUCUCUCUCUUUUCUUCACUUUUCUGUUUCGUAAAAAAGGAAAUUGUGUGUAGGACAGAAAGAUGCCUGAAUUUAACAGGGAGGCUGUUGAAAAGGGAUUUAUCAGCAAUCCACCCACAGAAGUGCCUUCGGAGUCCUAGCCUAGCGAGAAGGUUCUAUGGAUGUGGCAGCCGGCAGAAAAAAUUGUGCAGCACCUGCUGCCUUUUCCACCUCUGUUUUAAUGGUUCUGAGACCUCCACAACCUCACUGCGUCCUCUCAAAACAAUGUAAUGUAUGCUUGAAAAAUUAAAUGGCAAAAAGCAAA